GAAAUUGCUCAGGUCAUAGAACCUGGUAGAUAAGAAUUCUGAAGUCUUUCUUCGUAGGCAGCUGACGAGCAAACACUGCAAACAGAUUAAUCCUUGCCAUGAAUAUUCUUUUUGGUGUAUCGCUUAUUGCUCUGGCUGCAAUAUGUCAGGCGUUUUUGGUGGAUAAAAAUGAGUGUUCGUCUAACAGUGACUGUCAACCGUCUCAGUGCUGUGUCUCUGACUAUCAUGGUCACUACUGCGCUUACUACCAGAACAACACUGACCCCUGCCAUCGACCUGGACACAGUGCCCUUGUCUACAAAUGUGGCUGUAAACCAGGUCUGAUGUGUGAGCAUAUUCACUUACAUCCCGGUACAGUGCCCCCUAGUGAUGACCCCAUUUCUUCUAUAGAAGGUGCUAUAGAGAACGCAGGUCUGGGCUUCUGUUCCCCAACAUCCCAAUGAAAAUCUUGUCCAGUCCUACAAGUUGCGAAGAAACAUGUAUAAUCUGUAUACUUGAAAACAUUAUCUAAUUAAAAUCUUAAAAUCAUUC